AUGAAAUCUGUAGAAGACCAAGUUGUACAAGAAGAACUAGGAUACCAAGAUGAAGAGGAAUCAUUUUUCCAGGACAUUGAUCUGUUACAGAAGCAUGGAAUUAAUGUAGCAGACAUUAAGAAGCUGAAAUCAGUAGGAAUUUGCACAGUCAAAGGGAUUCAGAUGACAACUAAGCGCGCAUUAUGUAAUGUGAAGGGACUUUCGGAAGCCAAAGUAGAGAAGAUAAAAGAAGCAGCCAACAAACUUAUAGAACCAGGGUUUCUGACUGCAUUUGAGUAUAGUGAGAAGCGAAAGAUGGUAUUCCAUAUUACCACUGGAAGCCAGGAAUUUGAUAAACUCCUAGGUGGUGGGAUUGAAAGCAUGGCUAUUACAGAAGCCUUCGGAGAAUUCCGAACAGGCAAAACCCAACUUUCUCAUACUCUUUGUGUGACAGCCCAACUUCCAGGAGCAGAUGGGUAUACAGGCGGGAAGAUUAUUUUCAUUGACACAGAAAAUACAUUUCGUCCAGACCGCCUACGUGACAUUGCUGAUCGCUUCAAUGCGGAUCAUGAAGCAGUUCUUGACAACGUAUUGUAUGCACGGGCUUAUACUAGUGAGCAUCAAAUGGAACUACUUGAUUAUGUUGCUGGCAAAUUCCAUGAGGAACCUGGCAUUUUCAAACUACUGAUAAUAGAUUCCAUUAUGGCACUGUUUCGUGUGGAUUUUAGUGGUCGUGGGGAAUUAGCUGAAAGGCAACAGAAACUUGCUCAGAUGCUCUCGAGACUCCAGAAAAUAUCAGAAGAAUAUAAUGUGGCUGUGUUUGUGACUAACCAAAUGACCUCUGAUCCUGGAGCAACUAUGACCUUUCAGGCUGAUCCCAAGAAACCCAUUGGAGGACAUAUUCUUGCUCAUGCUUCUACAACAAGGAUUAGUUUACGGAAGGGAAGAGGAGAAUUACGUAUUGCCAAGAUAUAUGAUAGUCCUGAAAUGCCUGAAAAUGAAGCCACGUUUGCAAUAACUGCUGGAGGUAUAGGAGAUGCAAAAGAGUAGGCUGAUCUUAAUGAUAAACAACUGAGAGACUCCAAUCAAAUUAUAUCAAAAGUUAUUUAGUUCCU